AUGAGCACCAGCAUGCGCGAUCUGAUAUCUGCCGAGGCAGAGCUCGACGACGAGGAUGACGAGUCUUUUGACGAAGAAACCGGCGGCCAGCGCAAAAGCAACCGACCUCAGGAUUUCGACGAUUCCUCCGAGGAAGAGGAAGACGACGAUGACGAGGAGGAGGCGCGCAAGAUUCGCGAAGGCUUCAUUGUCGAAGAUGAAGACGAAGAAGACGGAGAGGGUGAAGGCGGCAACGACGAAGAGCGACAUGUUAAGAGAAAGCGCGAGCAUCGCGAUCGCGAACAAGAAGAACAAUUGGACGAGGAUGACUACGAUCUCGUGGGAGAGCAGUAUGGCGAACAGCCAAAGUCGCAGUCGCAGUCCAAGUUCAAGCGCUUAAAGCGUGGACACCGUGGCGAUGGCGGCGAACCGAGCAAAGCUGGCGGCCUAGAAGACAUCUUUAACGAUGAAGAUGACGAAGCUGGUGAUCAGAGAGGAUACAGAUCCAAUUUCCGCGCCCAAGCCGACGAGUUUGACGACUUCAUCGAAGACGAUUACCCCGAAGACGAUGACGAGCGCGAGCGCGCCCAGGAGGAUGUCGAGGUCGCCCGCAACAAAGACCGCGGCGUGUCUGGCAUUGUUGACACUACAGGAUUGGACAAGGAAGCCCUGGACGACAUGGAAGCCAUCUUUGGCAAUGGCGAGGACUACGACUGGGCUCUUCAGAUGGAGGACGAAGAGGAGGAGCGCGAACGAGAUGAGCAGGGAAUCGAGCUAAAGGAUGUCUUUGAGCCAUCACAGCUCAAGGAGAAGCUCCUCACCGACGAAGACAACCUCAUCCGCUUUACAGACGAGCCCGAGAGAUUCCAGCUGGAUCGCAAGCCGUUUAAGAAUCUUCAACUCACAGCUGAGCAAUUCCGCGACGAGGCCAAGUGGAUCAGCGACCAACUCUGGCCCAAGAAGGGCUUGUCACAAGACUUGUUUGGGGCUUUCGGCAAAGCAGUCGGCAAGGUUCUCGAGUUCUUCGUCGUUGAUGAGGUCGAAGUCCCUUUUGUUUUCCAGCAUCGCAAGGACUAUUUGCUCCACUCCAAGAAGAUCCGCAAGUCAACUCACGACGACCCGGAUGGCCCCGAUUAUUCUAUCCAGUCCGACAAGCUCCUAAAUCAGGACGACCUUUGGCGAAUCCUCGAACUCGACAUCAAGUUCCGAUCGUUCAUCGAGAAGAAGAAUGCGCUAGAAAAAGCGGUCGAAAAUCUCAAGACGGUCGAGGUUGAGGAUCAAAUGGUCGAAGAUAUGAUGGUGGACGCCGCGACCAUGGAGGAGCUGCAGGAUCUGCAGGACUAUCUCCAUUUCCAGUACGGCCCCAAGCUCAAGGAUUUGGCCGUCAUGGCUGGCAACAAUGCUCAGAUGAAGAAGCCUGGCUCCAAGAGCAGUCUUUUGGAUCGCGUGCGCAAUGGCAAGGCCUACUACUUUGUCAAGGCAUAUGGUAUCUCAGCCGACCAACUGGCGAAGAAUGCUCUCCGCCAGGGCAAAAAGAUCAGCCCCGAUGAUGACUCGCAAUACCCCAUGGAUCUUGCUGACAGUCUGAUCGACGACAACUUCAGCACUGGAGACCAGGUCAUUGGCGCAGCGAGACAAAUGUAUGCCGAGGAACUCUGCGCCAGCCCUCGCAUGAAAAAAUAUUUCCGCAGCUCAUACUACCAAGCUGCUGAGAUAAGCUGUCGCCGCACGGACAAGGGUCUCCGGAAGAUUGAUGAUACUCAUCCGUACUACGAGAUCAAGUACCUUCAGAACCAAACAAUCGCCGACCUUGUGCACCAACCCGAAAUUUUUCUCAAGAUGAUGCGAGCCGAGGAGGAGGGCCUAAUCGAAAUCAAGCUUGUCAUGCCUCCUCACUACGAUUUCCGCAAGCAGUUGUACCAAGAGUUUGAGUCGGAAAAUUUCAGUGACCGUGCAGAGCAAUGGCGAGAGGAGCGCAAGAAAGUCCUGGAUACAGCCUAUCCUAAGCUUGAAAAGGCCAUAGGCAAGAACAUCAAGGAAGUCAUCCGCACGUUCUGCCAGGACGAAGUGCUCAAGAUGAUUCGCCAAGACUACUACAGAAAGCUGGAUCAAGCGCCAUACAAGCCCAAGGGUAUGAUUUUGGGAACUACUCCGCGCGUCCUCGCGCUCUCCAACGGCAUGGGCGACCCCGCGCGUGAUCCUGUAUGCUGGGCCUGGGUUCCUGAAGACGGCCGUGUGCUGGAGCAGGGCAAGUUUGGUAACCUGGGACGUGAUGAGAGCCAGCGCGAGGCUUUUGUCGAGCUGGUCAACCGCCGUCGACCGGACGUCAUUGCCGUCAGCGGUUGGUCCUGUGACACGCACAAAUUAGUUCGCGACCUCGAGAGCCUGGUAAGCGAGAAGGCUCUUAUGGGACCAGAAUUCGAGGACCCCGAGACCAACGACUACCGAACCGAGCAACUGGAGGUUAUGAUUGUGGAUGACGAGGUAGCCAGGUUGUACAAGGACAGCCCUCGCGCCAUUGCCGAGCACCCUUCGCUCAACCCUGUCACCAGAUACUGUGUCGCCCUGGCUCGCUACAUGCAGAACCCGAUGAAGGAAUAUGCUGCGCUGGGCAAAGAUGUGGCCUCGCUCUCCUUCCACCCUUGCCAGCAACUGCUGCCGCAGGACAAGGUCGCCAAGUACCUUGAAUCUGCCAUGGUGGACACAGUCAACAUGGUUGGCGUCAAUAUCAAUGAUGCUAUGGCCGACACGUACACAGCGAACCUGCUCCCAUUCAUCGCUGGUCUGGGGCCCCGCAAGGCCACCAGCGUCAUGAAGGCCAUCAAUGCCAACGGUGGCUCGGUGAACACAAGAGAGGAGCUUGUGGGUGACCCCGAGAGCCGAAAGCUUCCUGUUGUUGGCCCUCGUGUGUGGAACAACUGCGCCAGUUUUCUGUACAUUGAUUACGACGCUACGAAUCCUGCCUCGGACCCCCUGGACAAUACUCGUGUCCAUCCUGAAGACUAUGAACUCGGUCGCAAGAUGGCCGCAGACGCGCUGGAACUCGAUGAAGAAGAUGUCAAAGCUGAGAUUGACGAAAAUGGCCCGGGCGCAAUUGUGCGCAAGCUGUUCAAGCAGGGCGAGCAAGAGAGAGUCAAUGAGCUGGUUCUAGACGAGUAUGCGGAUCAGCUGCUGCGCAACUUUAACCAGCGAAAGCGCGCCACUCUGGAGGCCAUCAGUGCCGAACUGCAGGCGGAGUACGAAGAGCUGCGUAGAAGCUUUGCGCCGAUGACGACUUCAGAGAUCUUUACCAUUUUCACUGGCGAGACCAAGCAUACGCUUUGCGAGGGCAUGAUUGUACCCGUCAACAUCCGCGUGGCCAGAGACGACUUUGCCAUUGCUAAGCUCGACUGUGGCAUCGAGGGUCGCGCGGAGGCUCACGAAGUGACUAGUCGACCUUCGGUCAAGGACGUGCUCAGUGUGGGCCAGACAGCGCGGGCCAAGAUCUUGGAAAUGGACUACAAGGCGUUCUCUGCCAAGCUUUCGAUGCGAGAGGAUUCUCUCCGGAUUCCCUACAAGCGACCGAUCAAUCAUGGGCGCGACGGCUGGGACUACGCGCAAGAAGCCGCGGACAAGGAGGAGCUCAAAGAGAAAGACAAGUCUACCGGCCGCGCGCAACGUGUUGUCAAGCACCCGAAUUUCAAGCCGUACAACGGUCUGCAGGCGGAGGAGUUUCUCGGAUCACAAGCACCUGGCGAAGUUAUUAUCCGGCCGUCAUCAAAAGGAAACGACCAUCUGGCGAUUACGUGGAAGGUUGCGGACAAUGUGUACCAGCACCUUGAUGUAUUGGAGAUGCAAAAGGAAAAUGAAUUUUCGGUGGGCAAACUGUUACGAAUUGGCGGGAAAUAUACGUAUAGCGAUCUGGACGAGUUGAUUGUGGACCACGUCAAGGCUAUGGCGCGCAAGGUGGACGAGAUGAUGCGUCACGACAAGUAUCAGAACCGAUCACGUAACGAGACUGAAAAAUGGCUCACUACGUACAUUGACGCAAACCCCAACCGAUCAGCGUAUGCAUUCUGCAUUGACACGAAGCACCCAGGAUAUUUCUGGCUGUGCUUCAAGGCCAGCCGGACAGGGACUGUGAUUGGCGUCCCUAUUCGGGUGAUUCCGCAAGGCUUUGAGCUCAAGGGAUAUCAGUACCCUGAUAUGCGUGCUCUGUGCAAUGGCUUUAAGCUGCGGUACCAAAAUGAGUUUUCGAGAAUGGGGUCAAGAUGA